AACAUCAUUUGACGAAAAACAAGCGCUUUUCGGCUUUCCAGUCACGGUGUGCUGUGUUUUCAUUCACCUCUCGUAGGACCGGUUUCGUCAGGGUGCACUGGCCUGAUCUUUUCUCAUUGCCUCUAUUUCGGCGGACAGGGGCUUCACCUUGGUCCGCAAACAAGUUCCACCUUCCUUCCGGAAAGUUAAGUCUAGGCCGUUCGGGCGGGGUCAGCCGCUUCGCAGACUUCGGUCUUAGCGGUCAUACCAUGCGGGUCAGCAUCAACGACCGCUGCGGCACUCUUGAAAGCGAACACCAACACGCCGAAGCCGACUGUUUCACCCGUGCCACCUAUUUUAAGCGACCUGCAAAGACAAAACCGGAUAUACUACUAGCAAGGUUUUGUGCAAACGUUGAGUGGCAGUUCUGUGUGGUCACAGUGUGUACAAAGAACGCGUUGGAGUAACUGCGGCUAGUCGUCUCUUGUUGAGCAAUCGGUAAAAACGAAAACCUAUGUUUAAAGUUCCCGCAAUUAGUAGCGGUGGCGCCACUAGUGCCACUGUAGCCGUGAAAAUGGCGACGCCAACAGCGAAACUUCCCCGAAGGCUGCCUUUGCUUUUGAUCGAUGGAGUUCUUUUUCCAGGAGCUUCGAUACGAAUACCAGUGUCAUCGCACAAGAACAUGAACAUGGUGAAGCAUCAUCUUCUGGGACACAGCACUUUCAGCAGUGCCAUCAUAGGAGUGGUUCCACGAGAAGAGAAUGAUUCGCAUGAGGAAGAGACAUGGUCUAUGCACAAUUUGGGGACAGCAGGUAUCGUGGUCCAGGUGACAGGCACUAACUGGCCAAGGCCUUCAUACACUCUUCUAGUGACGGGCCUAUGCCGCUUUCGUAUUGAUGGCCUUGUCCAGGAGUCUCCAUACCUCGUGGGAAAUGUUUCUCAACUUGACAAGUUGCCUGGGGAGACUGGCUCAGUGGACAUGGAUGAUUAUGACACGGAGUUAACUCAGCUGAUGAACCAAUUUCGGGAGCAGGCCACAAAAUUGAUAGACAUGCUUGACCUGUCUAUUCCCUCCAUCAUUAGACUAAAGCGUCUGCUAGCCUCUGUUCCUAUUCAGAGCUUGCCAGACAUAUGUGCUGCAAUUGUGAGAGCCACUCAUGCAGAGAGACUUCAAGUGCUUGAUGCAGUUGAUUUGGGCGAGCGCUUCAAGAAAACACUUCCCCUGCUGAUUCGACAAAUUGAAAGUCUUCAAUUCUUGCAUCAAGCGAAGAAAGAUGGGAGCACAUCACGCUCUUUUCACAUUGAAAAGGUCGGAUCACCACAUCGGCCAAGACAACAGCUGGAUAUUGAUGAUGAUGAUUUUGAGGAAGGAGAUGAGGUUGGUUUGUUGGAAAAAAAAAUAAAGGCAGCUGAAAUGCCUGAUCAUGCGAGAAAGGUAGCCACAAAAGAAUUACAGAGGUUGAAGAAGAUGCCACCACAUAUGCCUGAGCAUGCCAUGACAAGAAAUUAUUUGGAACUGCUCAUUGACUUGCCUUGGUCACACAGUUCUCCAGAAGUUGUGGACCUUGCAAAAUCCAGGUCUGACUUGGAUGCUGAUCACUAUGGAAUGGAAAAACUGAAGAAACGGGUUCUCGAAUACCUGGCUGUGAGGAAGCUGAAGAGCUCUCUCAAAGGCCCCAUCUUGUGCUUUGUGGGUCCUCCUGGUGUUGGAAAGACCAGCGUGGGACGUUCUAUAGCUCGCUCCUUGGGUCGCGAAUUCUACAGGAUAUCAUUGGGUGGAGUGAGUGACCAAGCAGACAUUAGAGGUCACCGCAGGACGUACAUUGGUUCUAUGCCAGGCAGAAUCAUUCAAGGAUUGCGAACUGUUGGUGUCAAAAACCCGGUGUUUCUGCUGGAUGAAAUUGACAAAAUGACUCCAGGUAUCCAUGGCGACCCUGCUGCAGCUUUACUUGAAGUCCUGGAUCCCGAGCAGAACUGUGCCUUCAUUGAUCACUACUUGAACAUUCCUUAUGAUCUUUCAAAUGUUCUAUUUAUUGCCACAGCCAAUACAGUUUCCACAAUUCCAGCAGCCUUGCUGGACAGGAUGGAGGUCAUUCCUGUGCCUGGUUAUACUCAUGAGGAGAAAGAACACAUAGCUCAAAACCAUCUCCUUCCUAAGCAACUGAAAGAGCAUGGUAUCACAACUGAUAUGAUGCAAGUGACGAAUGAAGCACUGAGAAAACUUGUGGUCAAGUACACAAGAGAAGCUGGAGUGCGGACAUUGGAGCGCAAGAUUGGUGCUCUCUGCCGGGCUGUUGCUGUGAAGGUUGUUGAAAACGAGACUAUCUGUCCUGUGGCUGUCGAGCAGGAUCAGCUGUCCAACCAGAGUGCAGUCACAGUGGCUGUGGCGCACCCUCCAUCUCUCCCCAUCGUCAUUGAUGAAACAGCCAUUGAAGGCAUUCUUGGACCGCCACAGUAUGACCAAGAGAUGGACUCACGGCUUCUGCAGCCAGGUGUGGCAGUGGGCCUGGCCUGGACUGCAGCUGGGGGCGAGAUUAUGUUUGUGGAGGCAUCACGCAUGGAAGGCGACGGGCAGCUGGUCCUCACGGGGCAGCUUGGAGAUGUCAUGAAGGAAUCAGCGAAGCUAGCCCUUAACUGGCUACGCAUUCAUGCUGACAAAUUCCACCUGCCAGUGCAAAAGGGCACUGAUCUGAUGGAAGGCACAGAUGUACAUAUACAUUUUCCAGCUGGUGCUGUUGGCAAAGAUGGACCUUCGGCUGGCAUCACCAUUGUUACAGUGCUGGUGUCGCUCUUCACUGGCCGCACAGUCCUUCCUGAUGUGGCCAUGACAGGCGAAAUUACUCUGCAAGGCUUGGUACUUCCGGUUGGUGGCAUUAAAGACAAGGUGCUGGCAGCCCAUCGUGCUGGCAUGUGCAAAGUUAUACUGCCUAAGAGAAACAAGAAAGACUUGCAAGAAGUUCCAGCAUCUAUCAAAGAGGACCUGACUUUCUGUUUUGUGACUCACAUUGAAGAAGUUCUCCAGGAGGCUUUUGAAGGUGGCUUUCCUGACCUACCUAGCUCUGUUGAACACGUGUUGAGCAAGCUGUAGCACUCUGUGUGGGACAGCUGGGAGCUUACUCAGUGGUGUGUAUUUCUGCACAGCAGUUAUGACAUCAUACCUUCACUAUGUUAAAACACUGGCAGAGCACUGGCCAUAAGUUUACUGUAUAUUUUUGCUAGGAGUUUAUUUUUUAUACAUAAUAUUAUGUGUAGGUUUGUCACUGACCGUACAACUGCUCUGUUUUCCGUGCCUCUGAACCUUGUUCACUCCAAGAGCUUAUUCCGAGCAGAGGUAAGCUGGUCUGAUAUGUUGUUGUUAACUUUCUACGCACACUUUACUUUGUAUGUUGGAUGCAAGUUUGUGUGAUUUGCUCUGUUGGGUACAAGUUCGUGAAUUUGUACCCUGCCACUUGUAGCUUUUCUGAAAUUCCAGGACUUGUGGCUGUGAGCUGGUGGCCUUGCACAUUGAUAAAUUUGUUACAAAAACUGUUCAGUUUUCCUCAUGUUUGUACAGUUGAACCUCGUUGUAACAAAGUCACACCUAACAUGAAAAUACCUUUUUUUAUGUGUAAUGUUCAUUCUAAGAUUAUAUUCAUUACACACUGAUAUCGGUGAGAAAAGUUUUAGAUUUAUCAUUAUAUACGAUAUUUCGUUAUGCUAUUAAUGCUUGUUUUAUUGAGAGUCGACUGUAUAAUUUAACUUGAAUGUUAAAUGUGCUUUAUUAGAUUAUUGUUAUUGGAGUUAUGUCUGUAUUCAUGUAAAACUGCCAUGGUUUGUUAUAGCAGGUGACAUGAAAAACAACAUUGUGUUUGUGUGCCGCCUAGUUUUUAUUUUAAAAGGGCCCUGCAAUACUUUUUUUCGUGUGGUAAAUAAGCAAUACUAAAUGCAAGACAGUGCUGUAGUGUACACCUGAGCAAAGUAUGACUCACCUGUAUGCAGCAGGGAACAUACAAUAUCGCUCUGAAGAUUGCUCAUGCUUUUCUGCAACAUCUUCAUAUCUCUACCAUAAUUCAGUAGCCCAUAUGGUGCAGUAGAAAUACACUACAACAGUUAGCUGGAUUUUAGAGUACAUCAUGAGAAAUCAUUACUUUGGCAAAUGCAAUGUCAACAAUGCUGUCAUCAGCAAUGCUAUCAUUCUUUGUUUGUUCUGUAAAAAUAAAAUUAUGAAAGACAAUUGCAUUGGAAAGUGUUGUAGUUUAAGUUUUGCACUUGUGGUCUUCAGCCACUGUUGUCUGCUUGAGUUAUGCCACCACCUCCAUGGUGCAAGCUAUAGCUUAAUUGACUGCCUAGCUUAAAAUGUGCUUGCACGCUCUGGUCCACUUUGCCUGCGAAUUUGCUGCAGGCACUUGGAAUCACCUGAAGGUGAUAAUGCGAAGGCAUUAUUGUUGGUUAUUCUAGGUUUGUUGUCUUAAGAUCCACACUUGAAGCACUGCAUUUAUCUUGUUCAUGGUUAGUGUGUGUGUUUAGUCAAACGUACUUCAGUGGCUGUUGUGUUCUAGGUGAAGGCAAAGUUGGUAUGCAGCUAUGCAUGUGUUGACUGCAAAAGUGCUGGAACUCGUAUGAAAUUUCUAUAUCAUGUGCUGCAGGGUGUUAAGCUCCAGCUAAGAUGUUUAAAGCGCAUUGCGCUGCUGAUGUUUGUGUAGCAGUUCACAGGGGCAGAUUUAUUGGGUGGCUGCCUCGUCGAUGUGCCUGACCCUUUCUCUAAUAUAAGAGAAAAAAAGACUAAUUUACCUUUGGAGCUGUGAGGCAUACUUUAUGUAAUCAUAUCAUAAGAAGCCAACGAACAGACACCAAGGACAAAUUACUUGUACUACUAAUUGAAUUAAAGAAAUGAUAAAUUAAUGGAAAUUAAAAUGGAUGAAAAAACAACUUACUACAGGUGGGGAAUGAUCCCAGGUCUUCUCAUUACGCAUGCGAUGCUCUUACCGAUUGAGCUACUGCGGCGCCGUUUUCCCAUACACAAAGUGUAUGGGAAAACGUGUGUCUGUAUGGGUUCCCUUUUUUCUUGUACAUUACAUAACGAAGGUCUCGAAUCCGGCAACAUUGAUGCCUUCAGGUAGCCUGUGUGAGUUUAUUGACCAGUUGCCUUCACCCAAAAAGAUCAUGUGCUCAUAUGACGCCUGAGGCAGAAAGGAUGUUCCACAUCUGCCGCCAAGGUUUGUGAGUGGUGGCAUUGGCUAAAACUCCCAGGGUUAGUUCUAGUAGUAAAGACAUAAAUACCUCACAAAGUGUAUGGGAAAAUGGUGCCGCGGUAGCUCAAUUGGUAAGAGCAUCGCACGCGUAAUGCGAAGACGUGGGAUCGUUCCCCACCUGCGGCAAGUUGUUUUUUCAUCCAUUUGAAUUUCCAUUUGUUUAUCAUUUCUUUAAUUCGAUUAGUAGUACAAGUAAUUUCCCCCUAUGUUGUCCUUUGUGUCUUUGUUGGCUUCUUAUGAUUAAUAAAAAUCGGGCCCCUUGGUUCCCUUCCUUCUCGUUCAUGUUUUAUGUAAGUUGUAUUAAUCAGAUAUGGUCACUAUUUUUAUGUUGCAUCUGAAGCUUAAGUUUGCUGCUGCAAUAUUUCAAGCUAUCAUGUAAUUGGCAAAAUUUUCCUAUUCCAUGAUGUUGAUUAAUGAGUAAUUAGAGGUAGUGAUUCCUCAAAUUCUCUAGUGAGCAUUACUCAUUCCUGUAAAUGCUACAUUAUUGUUAUCUUCAUUGCUGAGGAUAAUGCUAUCUUUGCUUCGUCUUCCGCGAUCUUGUACAUUGUUCUCUUCUUUUUGGCUUAAACAGAAUCAUAGUUGUUAUUGUCUGCAACGGGGAAAUUAAGCUUCUCAUGAAAAAAAUUAUCCUAAAUUCUUAGUCUGGAACUAAUCUUGGGCAGACUUCCAAUAAAGAAAUGAAAUCAUACAGAUCCCACACACUUUGGGAAUUGGUGUAAGCGAAGCUUUGGUGAGCUGGCCAGACAAUGCGGCACAUCACAAUAAGAGAGGCGCAGCUGAUUUCAGCAAUGAAUGCGCCCCGGAACCAUCCUUAGUCACGGCAGCAAAACGACACGCGCUACCACUGACCACAGCAUUUAUGGCACCUUUGAACUCAAUAAAGCUUCAUUAUAUAUACAGCCUUGGAACCACCAGCUGGUUUUGUCACACUGAAACUGUCGAAUUGCAAUUCAUCAUAUGUGGUUGCAAUUGAAUGACGGUGUGGCUGCAUUGGCUUCUUUUUUAGGCAUAAAACUGCGGUCUGCCUUGUCAGCUAGCAGAAUGCCUGCUUUAACUUUUAUAAGUAAAUUGUUGCUGUGCAAUGCAAUUCACAUGCCAAGCAUUUUUAAGCACUGGCUUGCACAACGGAAGCUUAAAGUUGCUAUAGUAUAUCUUUGUAUCCAUGCAUCUGUGGCCUAAUCUGAAGCAUAGGGCUGCUGUGCUUGAGGUCCCGGGUUCAAAAUCCACCAUUGAACGCAGUUUUUUUUCUCUGAGAUGGGCAACGACAUGCCAAUUUAUUGGGUGGUAGGCAACGAAAGCCUUGCUUUAAAAGCUCAUGCAGAUCCCACGCACUGUGGAAAUCAGUAAAGCGACACUGUGGCCUGAUGACGUCGUCACUUGCACCCACCAAUUGGUGCCACAUUACGCCCUCUCCGUUCAUGCUAUGACAUUGCACGUGCCAAUCGGCGUGCAUUAUGGCCUUUCAUCUCGGCUUGCACCCUCGUCUCUACAGUCUUAACUACCACCACUGACCACUGCAUCUAAAUCCAUCAGGCGCCAUAAAGAAUGUUUUACGUUAAAGGUAACCACCACAGUAUUAAAACCCAUCCCACUCCACAAGGAAAGUUUCACAUUAAAAAAAAGUGUAGAACAAAAGAGUUUUUUGGUAUCGUUAUAUUGCAGGAGGAUCAUGAAGCCGUUGUAUGAACAUUUUAGGUUGAAAUUGAGAUGUCAUGAUAUCUUAAUAAAAUGCUGGUUCAAACACACUAUUGCUGCAGGCUUCUGGGCAAAGUUGUAAGAAAUAUGUGAUAGAACUAAUAAUAAUGAAAUAAGUGCAGGGUAUUGAAACACAUCUUUAGCUUCUAAAUUUUCUAGUUAGUAGAAGAAAAAUUAGUGUCUUCAUAAGGAUUAUGAAAAUUGAAAAUUGCCUUUAUUUUUCCCAAACAACAAAAUUAGGGAGAGGACCACAGACUGAAAGCUACAAAAGUUAGCUUGAGUGUGUCUGAGGCCCAACAUAAGUAAAUACAUGGCAGAGAAACAAAAAUGCAGUCAACAAUCUUAAGUCAUAGCAUGAUACAUACACACAAGAUUACAUUAAAUUUAAUUGCAACUGAAAGAGCAAACAUUCAUAUAUAUGGCAAUAAAAUGUUUCAACAUCUGAAAACAGUCACAAAAAUCUGAAAUUUCUGAAUAUAAAUUGUAAUAAAUGAAAUAUUCUAGAAGUCCCUUGUAAACAAUUUACAUAAAACAAAGGCCUAUAUACUGGACAUUACAAAAUAUCGCUGAAAUCCUUUAAGUGUGAGGGUACUUGCAUUCGUUUCGUAUUUAUUUAGUAUCGUUGGCAUCAGGAAUUGCAAAGUUUGAUUACCAUGGUUCAUUAUGGUUCGAGGUACAGUCCACUUUUCACUGCAUGGAGUAUGAACAACUUUAUCCUUUAAGGUUAUGACAGCAAGAGAUUUCAGAAACUCAUCACUGCAGGUGGUGAAAAUCUAACGUAAUAGAGUAGCCGAUAUUCAAAAGUAGUGGUAAUGCUAAUAAUAUUAUACUGUACAAAAAAAUCUCUAGUGUGUGCUCUAUAACUAAUGCCAACAAUAUGCCUCACGGCUUUCUUUUGCAAUACGAGUAGUCUAUUAAGGUUAGUUUUUGAUGUCGAGCCCCAAACCAAAUGACAGUAAUUAACAUGAGAUUGAAAAACAGCGUGAUAGAUGAUUAGCUUUAUUCGCGUAGCGAAAUCACAUCAGCAUCUAGAAAGAAAACCAACUGACUGAUACAACUUCUUUUAAAUAUGAGCUAUAUGAUUUUUUCCAUCUCAUUCAGGAAUCAAAAACAACUGCAAGUGAUUAAAAAUUUUCUAGUAUUAUAUAUACUCGAUUAUUGCUAAGCACAAGGUGAUUACUAGGGUGACUACACAAUUUACAGGCCGAAAGAAAACAGCUUUGGUUUUCUUAGUGUUUAUGUAAAGUCUGUCUGCCCUUGACCACUCACUCAAUGGUUCAAGAAUAGCGUUGCCUCUGCCUAUGAGCUCAUAGGGGGUGUGCGUAUCGUCGGCAUAAAGAAUGAAUUGUGGAUCACUAGAAAUGUUAAUUAUAUCAUUAAUAUAAACAUGAAAAAGAAACAGUCCGAGAAGGCUACCUUGGGGAACGCUGCAGUCAGUUGAUUGUAGAGCCGAUAAUUUACCAUGAACGACUGCUUGGUUAUGUUGACUUAAGUAUGAGCGAAAAAUAUCAAGACAAGAGCCACGUAUGCCAUACUUUUCCAAGUCUCAAUUUUUUGUGUCAAUAUUACAUAAUGUAAUUUCUUUUUGUAGCAGCAAGGCAGAUUCAGUUGAUUUCCAUACAUACAGUCGGCGUCACCCUUGUGUAGAGCGCAGGAACAGCAUCUGCGGGGGUACUCCGGAGCCAAGCAGCGACGUAUAACGGUAGUUGCUGGGCUCAAACAUGUCCAGCAGCUACUGUUAGACAUCGAACCCAGCAGCUAGCGUUGGAUGUCGCUGGCUGCCUCCGGAGCGCCCCGGAGGCUGCUGUUCUCGCUCUCUACACAAGGUUGAUGCCGAGUGUGCAUAUUUAUACUACUAAACGAUAAUUUUCCAAUAUAUGGUAAGAAUGUAUUCAGCAUUUCAGGAGAUAUGAAAAGCGUUUACAUACAUUGCACAAAAUUUCUUGCAGAAUUCAUCUGCGACGUCUAUCUAGGAGAAUGUGAUCGCAUUCGAGCAUUACAUUUCAUUGCAUUUUGGCGUGGUUCAUAAGUUUGUAUAUAUGCUUAGUGUAGCUAGAUAUAUGAUGAUUAGGGCAACUCUGGUGCUCUGUAGAUAAUUCACUGCCCAUGAUAGUGAGUGCAGGACAGUGUAUGCUAAAGUACUACACAUAUCUUCCCAAUUUCAAGUUUUGUUAUAUUUCUUGCAAAUUACAUAAUCAAUUACACCUCCAGUUUUUGGAGUGCUUAUGAAGCCUGAAGUUUAAUUUACAUAAUGAAAUAAGGGGUUUCAUGUGUUGUGAUGCUACCUUAAUGGGACCCAUUAAAACCAUUUUGUGAGCUAUAGAGUAAGGUUGCAACACAUCUAUUUUGCAGGAAAUGCAAUCCGGUCCUGGAGUAGUGGUAGAGUGCCUGUGUCACAGCUGUGGCGUUCCUAGUUCAAGCCUUACUAAUGGCGAGAAUUUUCUUUAAAGUGAAUAGCUUCCUGUGGCUAGUAUGCAUGUUUUCCUGGAUGUGGUAUCCUGCCUAGGGAGAGGGUAACGCCUGCCUGGGUAACUGAGAGGGUAAGCCGCCUGCUCCAUGGCAAUGGCAGGAGAGGUGGAGGGCAGUCUUUUUCAGCUGGAGAAACCCACCAGGGUGGGAAAGGGUAGUUGGGAGAAAAUGGAGCUUCACCACCACUCUGUGUUGUAGAUCGAACCUUGCCAUUCUCCUUGCUGUUCACUUUGCCAGACCUUUAUUGGUUACAUAUACGAAAAAGAAGCCAUGUAAGGUUGUUAAAUUUGUUUUAAUAAGUGCUAUAAGAUGCCCCUCCAAUUCGUCCUCACCCAAAAAGAGUUGGAAGGGCGAUGAAGGCACUGCACUGUGCAAGAAUAUAGCAUAUAGCAAGAACAUAGACCCAAAUGUGAACGAUUGCAUUGCGCAAUUUGCUAUCAUUGACAAUCAUUAUUUUAUGUUAGUACAAUGUCUGAGGCCUGAUAGCUAGCCAGAUUCAGUGAAAUGGGAAGGAGAAGGCAAAUAAAUGCUAUCGCACCAUUGUUUGUUUGUGGCAUUAUUCAGUUUUCAUUUUUAGUUACGCUAUGGGAACAAGCCCUGAAGCAUGCGAGGCACACAUCCCUUCAGUGUGCCAAGGCUUGUCUCUCACUGUUUCAACAAGUGUGGCGAACUUUGUGGUGGCCAGGUGCAGAGUGCCCUUGCUCGAUGGCUGUCGCUACAUAGAGCGAGAGGUGACUACCAUGGGAGGGGCCAAGCGUUGCUGCUUAAACAUUGGUAUGGUUUCAAGGCCAGGUAGCUAGCCAGAUUAAGAAAAGGAGGGGGGUGGUACGCAACAAAGUGUUACGGCAUUUUAAGAAUCACUUGUGUUAUGUGAGAGUUAACAUGUAAACUGGCGUGCGUAGUGAAGUGAAAAAACUAAUUAUGCAGAGCCAGUGCACAUCUUGGAAUCUAUGUGGAACAAAGCUUUCGUGAAGCAGUCAGUCAAAUGCAAUAAAUUUGCCCAUUUCAUUCCUACGUGUUUGGCGUAAAGGAAACCGGCGUGUGCACAUGUGCUCUCGCGUACCCAUGCUACUCAAUGUGACACCUUGCGAUCAUCCCAAAGAGCCAAUUGACGUUGGCACGGUAGAAGUAUACAAGUGAUUGUGGCCUAAUGGUUAGAGCAUCUGGCUGCUCUGCUGGGGGGACCUAGGUUCAGUCCCUUACAUUGGGCAUGUAAUUAUUAUUAUUUUUUUUAAGUGUGAGCUAUUCGGCAAGACAGCAGCAGCAAUCACAGUCAGGAAAGUUCGGGAGCAUUCACUUUAAAAGUUUCUGCCAGCUGUUCUUUCACUGACUCUUAGGUCCAUCCCUGUCAUGACACCAGCUGCUUUCACUUCAUCAGAAAGGGGGAAGAUAUUUAAAAAUAUGAGAGGUGCACGCUUGCAUUAGUGCUUGUUAAAGCACACAUCCAGAAGCCAGACUAGUCCAUGACCUGUAACAUGCACAGAACAUGCUCUUGCAUUCGACACAUCACUGUUCAGACAUGUAAAAAUGUGUAGGUAGUUAUCUUUAGCAGAAGCGGCACAUGUGCACCUUUCUUUCUUCCUUUAUUUUAAAUCUGUUUAUAAAAGGCAGUGUUUCAAAGCUGCAGUAUGUUCUGUAGAAAGCUGCUGCUUGCACUAGCUGUGCAUUGUGUUACAGCAGGAAAUUUUAGUAUUAGCUCUGUGACACGGCUUCAUACAUGAAUGCAUUAAUCUAUUACUGUUAGGCAAGCUAGAACAUCAGAAUACAGCAAGUAAUGUGCUCCAUAACCAGUAGCAGUGGCCAUCACAUGUAGAAUAAAAAGUGACACAUUGUGGGGAUGUAUAGUGGGCGGAGGGUUGUAGGCAACACCCUAUUCUGCUGUAGCCUGGCUAAUGUCCAGUGUGAAAGACGGAUGAAAGCAUCACAAAAGGUUUGAAGGGUAAUCUUAGGUAAAGUGUUGCAGGGCCUCUUUAAGGCUUUAUUUUACGUGGUUAUUCAUUUUAUUUUGACCAACAUUUUACAAAUUUACAAGGUGUUUAUUAUAGCCUGCCAUGGGUGCCAGUGGCGUUUAUGUUACAUGAUUUUAAGCUGAUACCUUGAAACAAAAUUUUCCUGGGAAAAUAAUAAAAGUGGCUCUGUUCAAUGGCA